CGCGCGCGCGGUCACACAGAGCCAGCCACUCGGCGAGGCCGUAGCCCCGGACCGAGAUAACGGAAAUCAAUCAACCGCUCCCUCGCUCACGGGUGGCAAGAGCGCAGAGGGGAGAGCACCGUAAAGCUGCCCUGCUGCUGGCUGCACACGUAAUUCCAUCGCUUGAGGUGACCACCAACACGAGGGAAAUCUGAGGUUACCACAUCGGGGUCGGGGCUAGUCUAACCGGGCUCGAGGUGGCAGGCCUGAAUGGCUGACAGUGGGCCAUGCUUAGGUCAUGUCUUUGGUCCGUACGUAAGGCCCGAAGCCCAAUAUCAGCACCCCAGUGGAUGCUCCAUCCUACUCCCUCCGUCCCACAAAACCUGCCGUUUCACCGCCCCUGGAUUGUCCCAGAAAAAAUGUCGUCGAGAGAGAAGUGGUGGGCCCCUCCGUAUACGUGGAGGUGAACCAGAAAAAAGAAGUGCGUUUUUAUUUGUUGCGCUAGUACUACUCCGAUCUUAUCCUCUCUCUAGUCGCCCCCAUCCAUCGCUCUCCGUCGUCCUCAACCAGCGCCGAUCCCCAAUCUCCAUCGCCCCCAACCAUCGCCGAUCCCCAAUCUUUCCCUACCUGAUUCGGUUCCUCCGUCACCCCCAACCCUGAUCCUCACUCUCUCCCACCUCAAUCCGGUUCCUAUGUUGCACUCAACUUCAAUCCCCAAUCCCUAACCUCCUCACCUCGCCUCUCCCCUCAACAGUCGGCGUGGGCGCGUGGCAAUGGUGCGGCCGGCGCGCGUCGAUUCACUGCCCGUCGCGGCUUUGGAGGAAACGGCUCGGCUGGUUAGAAGGGCCGCACCCAAGCGGAGGGUGGCGGAACUGAACAUUGAAGCACAACAGGCAAGUGGAGCAAGGCGAGGUGGAUGUAGGCGCCAUGGUGGCCGUGGUGGUGGGGUGCUUGGUGCCGACGGCGUCCAGGUACUCACCGAGGAGCGCCAUGGUGGUGGGGUGCUCGGCGCCGACGGCGUCCAGUUACUCACCGAGGACCAGCAUGCAUGUGGAUACUUGUCUGAUGCGGAGUGGCACCCCGGCGGUUGCUUCGUCCCUGAGUCGGAGGACCAGGCGUGUGGCGGCAUCGACAACUCGGAGCUACCACCGGACAGUGGAUUUGUCCAUGUCUCCCAGGACGAGGCAAGUAACGAUGUCCCUGACUCCGACUUGCCACCCGACGGCGGCUUCGUCCCUGACUCUGAGGAUGAGGCAAGUGGUGGCGUCGACGACUCCGAGCUGCCACCCGAUGGCUGCGUUGUUCCUGACUCCGAGGACGAGGCAAGUAGUGGUGGCGACGACUCCGAGCUGCCACCCAAUGGCUGCGUUGUCCCUGACUCCGAGGACGAGGCAAGUGGCUGCGUCCACGAUUUCGAGCUGGCACCCGACGGUUGCGUCGUCCCUGACUCCGAGGACGAGACGAGUGGUGGCGUCCACGACUCCGAGCUGCCACCCGAAGGCUGCAUCGUCCCUGACUCCGAGGAUGAGGCAAGUGGUGGCGGCGUCCUUAACUUGGAGCAGAAGCCGGAGAAAGGCAUCUUCGCCAACUUGGAGGAGCAGCACAUGGAUGGCAUUGAACAGCUGGUCGGUGGGGAGGAGGUGGCUGGCCUACAAGAUGAUGUUGGUGUAUCUGCCGGAGAUGGGGGCGUCGACGAAUUUGCUGAAAUUCGCGAAAUCGGGCAACUCCUCUACAUCAAAGACAACAUUGACAGCUUCGGCGUACACUCCGUAGUCUUGAAGAUCAUUCUCCAAGGCUUCCAGCUCAAAUUGCAAUGCUUCAUGGUCAUCUACAAAAUGUUUGACAUGGUUAUGAUGGACUGGUGCUCUAAUUUUAUCCAGCUAAUAAGCCAAGCCACCAUGUUGAGAUCAAAAGGAUGCAAGUUGAGAUCAAGAAAACCUCCAUGUUCCUGGCCAUCAACUCCAAGAAGGUUAUCUCCAAGGAUAACAACAUGUCUUCCAUCUUCUUCCAUAUCAAUUUCUUCAUUGAGAUCAGUGUUUGGUUGGAUAUGUAGGUUGAUGAAAUGGAAUGAAAUGGAUGGCUCUUUCAUGACCUCUAGCAUAUGAAGAGGCACUCUUGGGCGCCAGAACUAGCAAAUGAAGAGGCACUCCUGGGCGGCAAAGCAAGCUUCAUGGUUGAUUCAAAUUUUUGAAUAUGUUAAUGAUGGUUUUGCCCUGUAUCAACCGUGUGGCUAAGGCGCCAAUUCGUUAACACGUGGCACUGAGCUGUGGUUUCAGGAAACUUCUCUAGAAUAAUCUGGAUGCAUGUACAAAUGCUGUAAAUGACAGCUUAAUCAAAUCAUGGGGACAAUUUGGUCAUUUUGCACAA